CUUACCCGGAUAUCUACAAUUAUACUGGGUUAUUCAGCCAUGGCCCGCUUUGCCAUUGUCUCGAGUUUCGUCUUCCUUUGCUUUGGAAUACUUAGCCAAGGUCAGGAGGCAGCAGAGGGCACUGUUGAUGGAAGUGGUCCUGAAAGUAGCAUACCUCCAGGUGAAGACGGUUUCAUCAUAACUUUGGAAGUACUCUCCGGCAUUCCUGACCCACAAUGGACGAUUCAACAGAAUGACCCAAGGUUCAGCGAAGUACAAAAUCUUUACAGAGAUGCGAAAAAACACUCACCAGAUGAGGCCCCAGCAAAGCUCGGAUACGAGGGAUUCAUAGUACAGGAGGUGAGGAAGGGUCAAUACCAGCCAUUGGUAUUGAUUGUGGGUCCUAAAACAAAGCAGCUACAGCUACUCUUACUCCAGACCAGCCCUCAAGACAAGGUUUCGACGGAUCUCAAUCAUAUCGUCCAAGAAGAAAUUCGGAGUGGAAAUGUCAAAGCCGUAAAAAGAAAUAGAGUAAAACGUUACGCGCCCCCGUAUACUCCCGAAACAUGGAACCGUUAUCCUGACGUGCUAUUAAACAACUGCUACAACUACGCAAGCACGAAAGAGACUGACACCUUUGCACAGCCCGGGAGAGCAACAAACAAUUCGCUUCCGUGGCCAUUUACCGGAGCUGACGCAAGGGCAUCAUCAGAGUCCGAUGGGUGUGUUUUCGUAACAGCCGAAACAACAAUGUCCGCUCCUUCUGGCGAUGAACACCUUGCGGCACUAUUUGUUUCCACUAGGGUUGUAAACGAUUACCACUGGUACCGGUUGGACAAUAAUGGAUACUGGUCUCACAAACCAGGCCAAACCCCUGCCACUAACCUUGACGGCGAUGGAAAUAGGAUCCGUGAUCCAAGAAACGCUGCCAACGGUUUAAUACCCUAUGAAUUUGUUUGUUUCAUGAAAAUUAACAGGAACACUCUAAAAAUCGCUUGAGUUUAAAACGUAUCAGCUAAAUGAUAUGAUCAAAUUACACAAGUGUAACUCAAACUUAAAACUUAAAUGAUUAGCCCCGAAAAGAGGUAAAUAAAACGACUCUUUGAGA